AUGUCAUCUACCACAAGAGCACCACAACAGUCUAAAAUGUCCUCAGCUGAGAUGCUUUCUAUAUUCUCCAGUGUGCCUAAUUCAGUGUUCGAAUCCACACCGAAACGCUCUAGAAAACGAGAAUCAACCCCAGUCGGUCGCCAAACUAAGAGAUCCCGUGUUAAUAAAAGCGAAAGCUUGUUAGACAAUAUCGAUGAUCUCCUCGAAUUGAGCAAGCGUCAACAGACACAAGAGAAGUUGUGGAAGAUGUUAGACGAGGAUGACACCAAGAAUGAUGCAUACAUUAACGAUGAAGGAGAUAUGGAAGUAGAGAGUAAACAUGUGAGAAGGAGGCGCAAAGAAACGAUAGAUCAGCCCACGGUUCUCGAAGAAUAUGUCGAAAGGCCGGGGGAAGAGCAUGGAAAGAAAUUUAGAAAGCAAAAGAUUAAGGGCGACUACGUAGACAAGGACUCGGCCGAUGCUAUUAUAGAGUAUAUACCUAAUAAGUUUGAAGGUAUUCCUGGAAUUAAGUUUGAAUCUGCGAGGACCGAAUUUAAAAAGUUUAACUACUAA